UUAAAAAUUUGAUUAUCCUUGAUUUGUGCACUUUUUUUUUUGUCAUUUAAAUCAUGUUGAACUUUAAGAUUAAUUAGCUUCCACUUUUGUUUGUUAUGCACGUUUGUGACAUUACCCACCACACGGAGAGAAAUACUUGAAAACAAAAUAAUAUCAAUCAAGAGGGCAUAGACAUGGACCAGACUUGAAGAACAUGGUUCACGUUUUAGCUUAAUGAACCAGUCAAUGAGGCUGUUUAUUUUGUUUCCUUUCUAUGGUUAUAUUUUUGGGUUUUGGUUUUGGGUCUUUAUUGUUGUCGAUGAUGGUUGGUAUAAAAUUUAAAAUAAAGAGAUAGGGUUUUUAUCAGAAAUGAAGGGGUCCCAUAAAGGUAGCAGACCCCACCAGUCCUUUAAAGCUUGAUAGAUCGAUCGAUGGCUUUCUACAUGCAUCAAUGGUGUUUCUAUUUAAUUUUGAGCAGAACAUUUAUGAUGCCUGUAGAAGAGAAGUGAUGCUCUUGUCCAUAGGUUAGAAGCAGAUAACACGGUAUACACGUUUCAAAAAUUGAUUUUUUCGACCAUUACUAUUACAUUCUACCGUUGGAUUUUCCUUUUUCUGUUUUAAUUUCACUAGAAAAAGAAACAUAAUCUGUGGCUAAAGAGUGGAUUUCUUGGUAUGAAGUGGGACCUAUUUAAUGGUCCAUAUCAUGUGCAAAACCACAUGGGGGAUUUUAUCUCAUAAUUUGAACUUUUAGGGUUUGUGUUCUUAACCUUUCUUGGGAUGUCAGAUGGUUUAGGAAUAUUGGUUUUAAAGUGUACAAUAAUCAUAGAUAUUGUAAAAAGAAGUGGGAAGAUGAGAUAUCACUCCAUGCCGCUAUGGGACUGGGCUCUAACCAAAUGUGCUGCUGCUUAUUAUUACGAGUAUUACUGCUUUGAUUGAUACAAAUUGUGGACCCUUAAUAGGAUACUCGUUUAUGUGAUUAGAACUGCCAUCCCCACCGAAGGAGACAAUGAAGCAACUUGGUGGGGGACACGCCAAUGUCCUUGUCUACUAGUCUACAUCACUUUCUUGAAAAAAUUGGUUUAAUUUCUACUUGGAUCUGCAUCCACAUGGGAAUCCUCCUCCUCCUCCUCCUCCACCUCUUCUUCUUCUCUUUUCCCUUGGUUUUUGAAUAUUUGUACAUGUAUGUGUCUUAUGGUACAUGAUAUGUUUUUGGAUCUCCUGUGAACCCGGUCCACCAAUCCUCCAUAUUUUGGUCUGCACUAUGACAGAAUGGCAUGCACAAGAGGGAUAAUGACAUAUAAUGGCCUUGAGAGUUGCAUUAUAAACAACCAGUCUUAUGAAAACGAAAGCGGGACAAGUAGAGGAGAGGGUUGCGUAAGUGACUCCUUCGAUGAUGAUGGUUGUUCAAGCUGUUCUUCCAGCAAAGAUGCUUUUGGAUCAUUUUCAUCUAAAUGGUUGACAAUGAAGAAGGAUGAACAUGGUUUGAAUGAUUGGGAGCUUGCUCGAAGCCCUCAACAUUUUUAUGAUAAAGAGAAACCGUGUUACUCCAUUCAAUAUUCAGAUGUGGAGACAAUGAAAGAAAAAUUUGCAAAACUGUUACUAGGUGAAGAUAUCACAGGAGGGCAAAGUGGCCUCAGCACAGCAUUGGCAUUAUCUAAUGCUAUAACAAAUCUUGCAGCCACAGUUUUCGGGGAGCUAUGGAAAUUGGAGCCAUUGCCUGAAGAAAGAAAGACCAAAUGGCAAAGAGAAAUGGACUGGUUGCUUUCUCCUACAAACUACAUGGUUGAGUUAGUUCCUGCUAAGCAAAAUUGUGCCAAUGGUCGGAUGCUAGAGAUAAUGACACCAAAAGCCCGUGCAGACAUCCAUGUGAAUCUUCCAGCACUUCAGAAGUUGGACUCUAUGCUUAUUGACACACUAGAUGCAAUGGUGAAUACUGAGUUUUGGUACUCAGAAGUAGGCAGCCGGGCAGAAGGAAGAACCAAGAGUGCAAAGCAGAGCAAGAGGUGGUGGCUCCCAUUGCCACAAGUACCAACAACUGGGCUUUCUGACUCAGGAAGAAAGAAAUUACUCAAUCAGAGUAAGGUGGUGUAUCAAGUAUUCAAGGCUGCCAAAUCUGUCAAUGAAACUGUUUUGCUUGAAAUGCCUGUGCCGACUAUUAUCAAGGAUGCACUACCAAAGUCUGGAAAGGCAAACCUUGGUGAGGAACUGUACAAGGUGUUGACUGCAGAUUCAAACACAGCUGAGGAAAUGCUCAAUUCUCUUGAUUUAAAAUCAGAACACAGUGCUCUUGAGGCUGUUAACAAGUUAGAAGCUGCCAUAUUUGCAUGGAAAGAGAGGGUUACUGCACAAGUCAGUGGUAGAUCUCCAGUUCGAACAUCAUGGUCCUUUGUUAAGGACCCAGUGUCAGAGUUUGACAAGAUGGAGUCACUGUUGGACAGUGCGGAAUCCCUUCUACAGCUGCUAAAGAGCAGAUAUCCAAACCUUCCUCAAACAUUUCUUGAUUCUACAAAAGUCCAAUAUGGCAAGGACGUGGGACAUGCAAUCUUGGAAGCAUAUUCACGGGUUCUUGGAAACGUGGCAUUCAGCAUUCUGUCUAGGAUAGCAGACGUUAUGCAAGAAGAUUCAUUGACCAAUCCCAGUUCUCCUGCGGCCACAUGUUGCUUUCCAGGAAUAAAUUCAUCAGGGUAUGUGGAGACUCCAGUUCAUGUGCUACAUGUCCGACACUCACUCAUCAUCGAUGAGAUGAAUAACGUGGAUGGAAAGUAUCGCGAAUCCAAUGCCAGUCAUAUUUCUGAUCAGGAACUCUCAUACAGCGAAGCCAGAACAAGCUCGGCAAUUGCAACACCAAGUCGAAGUCGAGUAUGGUGCAUUGGUGGAGAUGCUUGUAGAAGUCUGUCCCCUACAAAUUCUCCAUAAAAAGAAAGAAGCUGUGGUAUUUAAAUGCAGGCUAUUGUAAAUGGUGUUGCUUGCUGUAAUGUUCACUGAGAUAGUAUGAGAGAUGCUUGGUUCUGCCUGAUGUAUUAAAAUCAUUUAGUAUAUGAAGGAAAUCAAUCAAAUAUUGGUUUGGCUAA